CGCCAGCGCCAAGCUGGGGGCUCUGCUUCUGUCCCCUCAGCGCGCCGUCCCUUCAGACCUGGCUCUGCCCAGGGCCAGGCGCACCCCGGGGUAGGGGGUGGGGGCAGUCCUGCCGCAGACUCGGCGGAGGCCCCUCCCGACUGACCACACAGCUGUGUUUCCAGAGGCUUCCCUGGGACGUGGCCUCGGGAUCUGGAAGUUGGAAGGAAUCUUCUCGUUUCCCACCCCUCCCCCUCGACCACCGAGGGGAGUGUGGGCCCCAGGAGCGUCCAGGAGGGCAUCCUCGGGAGAAGUGGCCUUUGGGGUAACACAGAGGAGUGGACACAGACAUUCUGGUUUGGGGGAGGCUCAACCCUGAAACCCUGGCUAAGACUCUCACAAGCAAAAAGCCUUGAGGGACGGACAGUGUGUCUGGGGUGACCUGGGCCCCAGAAGCCUGGUGGAGGGACAUUUCCCAACUGCCAGCUGCCCCUCUAACCUCCUGAGCAGAGGGAGGUCACCCGCUCUGAAACCAUCUUUCUCUCCCUGGGGACCAGGAGGCCCCUGCAGGCGGGGGCCCCUGCUUAUUCCUCCUUAGACCCUUAGACCCAUGGCUUCCAAACUCUCACCUGUGACCGAUGGUGAGAAAUACACGUUAGGUCACAAUUCCGUUCACGCCCAGGGUGUAUAACUGAAACACUUGGGACACUUUAGUGAAAUAACUUUUUACUGUUUUGUUCUCUCAUCUGGCACUUUCUGUUCUAGUAUGUUUGAUUUUUUUUUUAAUUGCUGGUUGUGACCCACUAAAUUGGUUUGCUGUUCACUUACAGAUACAUGUGUCAAGUACACAAAUACAUGGUUUUACUUUGCCCCAGAUGAGAACACACCUCAGCUCCCUCUUCCCUUUCCUGUUGCCUUGGCAAGGUCUACGGUGAGGUGCUCCCAGCUGACCUUGCUCUACCGUGUACCACCCUGUGCCUCAGUGUGCCUGUCUGUACAACAGGAGAACAGUGGGGCCUCAUAAGACUGUGGUGUGGGUGUCAUGUGUUAACCCAUGCAGACCUGUGAAGCUGAGAGCAGUACUUAUCCUGACACGUGCCAGCUGCCACUACCACCAGUUGUCACUGCUCUUUCCGUGGCAGUCCACAUGUGCACCUCGUUGCUUUAACAGCGACCUGUGUCUUGCCUCCACUUCCGACUCGUGGCCCCACAGGCAGGGACCCAGUGGCGCUGUGCACGCAGGGCAGCAUUCCCGUGGGAGUGGCCUGUGGCUCGCGGGCCCACCAGCUCUUUUCCAAGGGCCCACCGUUUCAAAGUCCUGUGCUUAAUGCACCUGCCUCCAAGGUCACAGCCCAGUGGGGGACUGAGACCCUGGUGGUCCCCAGAGGGGACGAGUGGGAGCUCAUGCCAGGUCUUGGCAAGAUGCCGAUCCUUGGGUGGAGGCCCUGGCUGGUGUUCGGGGGACCAUGAGGGAAGGAGUGUCUGGCAGUGUCUUUGGCGAGACUUGUCCCCACGAAGAAGAGCAGAGGGAGACCAAGCUGGGGAGAAAGAGAGCCUGAGCUUUAGGACUCAGGGUUGAGUGUGUCCGGUCUUGGCCAGAGUUCCAGGCUUUGUGGAGAUGGGGGCUUCAUGGAAGAAGGCGCUUGGAGCAGGUGUUCAAGCCCAGGUGGGUAAGACUGAGGAGCAUUCCUGGCAGAGGGGACACGCCGGCGAUUCUCUGGGAGCUGCAGUGGACAUAGCCUGUGUCCCGUGUCCGAGGGGGAGGGAUUGGCUGGGGAAGGUUGGUCGGGGGAGAGGCUGGUUGCUGCUGGGGCCUCCUCACUGGCCUCCCGGCCUCCAUCGUGCCCCCUCCAGUAUGGGCCACACUACAGAGUGAUCUUUCUCAAGCACAGCAGUUACUUCCAGGAGCUCCUGCCGCCCUCGGAGUAAAGGUCCAGUCUGAAGUCCUUCCCAUGCUGUGGGGGCCCUUUCUGGCCCUCCACCUGGUUUGCCCCCAUGCAGGCCCCUUCCCCUCCAGCCACAGCAGAGCCUCCCUUCCCAGGAUUCAGCCAUGGGCCUUCCUGCCUCUGUGCAUCUGCCUAAACUGUCCCUUCCACCUGGGAUGCCCUUCCCUUCUCCCUGCCCCCUCCUCCUCUGAUCUCCGUGGCAGAACUGAGUCAUCUCCCUUUGUCUGUGGCUGAGGCAGAGCGUUUAUCACGGAAUUAUCAGUAAUUCUGUCGUAUCUGUUCUCCACGGAGGCUCCAGCAUCUCAGCCCCAGAGCUGCCUCCCUCCUGUCUGCAGCCCCAGCUCCGAGGAUAACCCACCCGAGUCAUGCAGUCUUUUCGAGAAAGGUGUGGUUUCCAUGGCAAACAGCAGAACUACCAGCAGACCUCGCAGGAGCCGUCUCGCCUGGAGAACUGCAGGCAGCCGGGCCAGGCCGGGCUGAGCUGUGACCGGCAGCGGCUGCUGGCCAAGGACUAUUACAGCCCGCAGCCCUACCCGGGCUACGAGGGCAGCGCAGGCACGCCCGCCAGCACAGCCCGCGGCACCAAGGGCCUGCCCGCGCAGCAGGCCCUGCCCGGGCGGCCAGCCUUUCCAGGCUACAACGUGCAGGACAGCGGCCCCUUCCCCGGCCGCUACUCAGGCGAGGAGAGCUUGCAGGCCUGGGGGGCCCCCCAGCCGCCACCCCCCCAGCCACAGCCCCUGCCAGGUGGGGUGGGCAAGUAUGACGAGAACCUGCUGAAAAAGACGGCGGUGCCGCCUGGCAGGCAGUACCCCGAGCAGGGCACCCAGCUGCCCUUCCGGACUCACUCCCUGCACGUCCAGCCGCAGCUGCCACAGCCCCUGGCCUAUCCCAAGCUCCAGAGGCAGAAACUGCAGAACGAUCUCGCCUCGCCUCUGCCCUUCCCCCAGGGCAGCCACUUUCCCCAGCACUCCCAGUCCUUUCCCACGUCCUCCACCUACUCCUCCCCCGGCCAGGCCGGGGGGCAGGGGUCCCAUUCCUAUAAGAGUUGCACAGCACCGUCCGCCCAGCCCCACGACAGGCCACUGACCGCCAGCUCCAGCCUGGCCCCAGGGCCGCGGGUCCAGAACCUUCAUGCCUAUCAGUCCGGCCGCCUCAGCUACGACCCGCAGAAGCAGCAGCAGCAAGCCCUGCAGAGCCGCCACCAUGCCCAGGAGAGCCUGCACUACCAAACCCUCGCCAAGUACCAACACUACGGCCAGCAAGGCCCCGGCUUCUGCCAGCCGGACGCAGCGGUCAGGCCCCCGGAGCAGUACUACCAGACCUUUAGCCCCAGCUCUGGCCACUCGCCCGCGCGCUCCGUGGGCCGCUCCCCUUCCUACAGCUCCACCCCGUCGCCGCUCAUGCCCAACCUGGAGAACUUCCCCUACAACCAGCAGCCGCUCAGCGCCGGGGCCUUCCCUGCUGGCCUCACCGACCACAGCCACUUCAUGCCCCUGCUCAACCCCUCCCCGACAGACGCCGCCAGCUCCGUGGACGCCCAGGCCGGCAACUGCAAGGCCUUGCAGAAGGACAAGCUCCCUGAGACGCUCCUGUCAGAUCUGAGCCUGCAGAGCCUCACGGCGCUGACCUCGCAGGUGGAGAGCAUGUCCACCACGGUCCAGCAGCUGCUGCUCUCUCAGGCCACCGCGCCGCAGAAGAAGGGCGUCAAGCACCUGGCGUCCCGGACCCCGGAGCAGCACAAGAGCCAGCACUGCAGCCCCGAGGGCAGCGGCUACUCAGCCGAGCCGGUGGGCACGCCGCUGUCGGAGCCGCUGAGCAGCACGCCGCAGUCCAGCCACGCCGAGCCGCCCGAGACCGACUACCUGAGCGGCUCUGAGGACCCGCUGGAGCGCGGCUUCCUCUACUGCGGCCAGGCGCGCGGCAGCCCCGCCAGGGUCAAUAGCAGCUGCAAGGCCAAGCCCGAGUCGGUGUCCACCUGCUCCGUGACCUCGCCCGACGACGUGUCCACCAAGUCCGACGACUCCCUCCAGAGUCUGCACAGCGGCCUGCCGCUCGGCAGCUUCUCCAGGCUCGUGGCCAGCGCACGGGACUGCCCGCGGCUGCUGCUCAGCGCCCUGGCGCAGGAGGACCUGGCCUCCGAGAUCCUAGGGCUGCAGGAGGCCGUUGGCGAGAAGGCUGACAAGGCCUGGGCCGAGGCGCCCAGCCUGGCCAAGGAUGCCUGCAAGCCACCCUUCUCGCUGGAGAACCACAGCGCCUGCCUGGACUCUGUGGCCAAGGCUGCAUGGCCGAGGCCGGGGGAGCCAGAGGCCCUUCCUGGGUCCCUGCAGCUGGAUAAGGGUGGGGGCGCCAAGGACUUCAGCCCGGGGCUGUUUGAAGACCCGUCUGUGGGCUUCGCCACCCCCGACCCCAAGAAGACCACCGGUCCCCUCUCCUUUGGCACCAAGCCCACCCUUGGGGCUGCCGCCUCCGACUCCACCACAGCGGCGUUUGACUGCUUUCCCGACACGACCACCGCCAGCUCGGCGGACAGCGCCAACCCCUUUGCCUGGCCCGAGGAGAACCUGGGGGACGCUUGUCCCCGGUGGGGGCUGCAGCCCGGUGAGCUCGCCAAGGGUCUGGAGCAGGGCGGGAAGGCCGCGGACGGCGUUGGCCAGGAGUCCGCCCAUGAGGCUCCGGCCUGCCUGGGCUUCCAGGAGGAGGAGCCCCCGGGGGAGAAGGCCGUGGUGCCUCGGGACUCCAAGCAGGAGGAGGUGGGUGGGGUGAAGGAGGAGGCGGGCGGGCUGCUGCAGUGCCCCGAGGUGGGCAAGGCUGACCGGUGGCUGGAGGACAGCCGGCACUGCUGCUCCACUGCGGACUUCGGGGACCUCCCGCUGUUGCCGCCCACCGGCAGGAAGGAGGACCUGGAGGCGGAGGAGGAAUACUCCUCCCUGUGCGAGCUCCUGGGCAGCCCCGAGCGGAGGCCGGGCCUGCAGGACCCGCUGUCGCCCAAGGCCCCACUAAUGUGCGGCAAGGAGGAGGUAGAGGAGGUGCUGGACCCCAAGGCCGGCUGGGGCUCCCCGUGCCCUCUCUCUGGGGACUCCGUCAUCCUGCUGGGCCCCACUGUGGGCGCCGAAUCCAAGGUCCAGAGCUGGUUUGAGUCCUCCCUGUCCCACAUGAAGCCUGGGGAAGAAGGGCCUGAUGGGGCGCUGGCUCCGGGGGCUUCCGCCACCCUGGCCCCCGACACCUCCCUGGCCCAGAAGCCAAACAAACCCGCUGUACCCGAGGCUCCCAUCGCUAAGAAAGAGCCCGUGCCUCGUGGCAAAAGCUUGCGGAGCCGGCGGGUGCAGCGGGGGCUGCCUGAGGCUGAGGACUCCCCGUGCAGGGCGCCGGCGCUGCCCAAAGACCUGCUGCUCCCCGAGUCCUGCACGGGGCCCCCACAGGGACAGAUGGAAGGGGCGGGAGCCCCAGGCCGAGGGGCCUCAGAUGGACUCCCCAGGAUGUGCACCCGCUCCUUCACGGCCCUGAGCGAGCCCCGCACACCCGGCCCCCCAGGCCUGCCCACUACCCCGGCACCCCCAGACAAACUGGGAGGCAAACAGCGAGCCGCCUUCAAGUCAGGCAAGCGGGUGGGGAAGCCUUCUCCCAAGGCUGCAUCCAGCCCCAGCAACCCAGCCGCCCUGCCUGUGGCCUCCGACAGCAGCCCCAUGGGCUCUAAGACGAAGGAGACAGACUCGCCGGACACACCAGGCAAAGACCAGCGCCCCAUGAUCCUCCGGUCCCGCACGCGGACCCAGGAGGCCUUCCACUCCAAGCGGCGGCGGCCCUCGGAGAGCCGGCUCCCUGCCUGCCGCGCUGCCAAGAAGCUCCUGGCUAACAACCACCUGCCUGCCACGUUCAAGGCCGCCGGCAGCCCCCAGAAGGAAGGCAGGGUGGGCCAACGGGCCAGGGUCCCCAAGCCUGGAGCGGGCGGCAAGCUCUCCGAUCGGCCCCUCCACACCCUCAAAAGGAAGUCGGCCUUCAUGGCGCCCAUUCCCACCAAGAAGCGGAACCUGGUCCUACGCAGCGGCGCCGUCAGCGACGGGAAGGAGGCGGGGGCCGAGGGCUCCCCCACCCUCUUCAAGAGGAUGACCUCUCCCAAGAAGGCCAAGCCCACCAAGGGCGACGGUGAGCCCGCGGUGAAGCCGCUGCCCCCAGAGACCCCCGACGCCUGCCUGAAGCUGGCCUCGCGGGCGUCCUUCCAGGGGGCCAUGAAGACCAAGGUGCUGCCGCCCCGGAAAGGCCGGGGCCUGAAGCUGGAGGCCAUCGUGCAGAAGAUCACCUCGCCCAGCCUGAAGAAGUUCGUGUGCAAAGCACCAGGGGCCCCACCCGGGAAUCCUCUGAGUCCCUCCCUCCCUGAGAAGGGGCUCAAGAGUGCCGGGGGCAGCCCUCUGGGGGCAGAAGAAGGUCUCUUAAACGUGGGCACCGGGCAGAAGUUCCCGGCAACUUUGGGGGCUGACCUGUUAUGCAGAAAUCCGACCAACAGACCCUUAAAAGGCAAACUUGUGAACAGUAAGAAACUGUCCUCAACCGACUGUUUCAAAACUGAGGCCUUCAUGUCCCCAGAGGCCCUGCUGCCUGGGGGCACUGCCCUGGCGCCUAAGAAGAGAAGCCGGAAAGGCCGGGCCGGAGCCCUCGGACCCCCCAAAGGCUCCCUGGAGAAGCGGCCCCAUCUAGGCCCGGCUCUGCUCCUGACUCCCCGAGACAGGGCCAACGGCACGCCGGGUACCAGUGAGGACAGCUGUGGUGGAGGAGGCAAGAAGCCAAAGACAGAGGAGCUGGGCCUGGCCUCCCAGCCCCCCGAGGGCCGGCCCUGCCAGCCCCAGACGAGGGCGCAGAAGCAGCUGGGCCACGCCGGCUGCAGCGGCUAUUCCAAGCGGAAGCGCCUGACGCGGGGCCGGGCCAAGAACGCCAGCUCCUCCCCCUGUAAGGGGCGUGCCAAGCGGCGGCGGCAGCAGCAGGUGCUGCCCCUGGAUCCCGCAGAGCCUGAAAUCCGCCUCAAGUACAUUUCUUCCUGCAAGCGUCUGCGGGCAGACAGCCGCACCCCUGCCUUCUCGCCCUUCGUGCGGGUGGAGAAGCGGGACGCAUUCACCACCGUGUGCACUGUUGUCAACUCCCCUGGAGAGGAGCCCAAACCCCACAGGAAGCCUUCCUCCUCCACUUCCUCUUCCUCAUCCUCUUGCUCCUACUCCUUGGACGCGGCCGGGGCCUCCCUGGCCAUGCUCCCUGGGGGCUCCGUCCUGCAGCCUCGGCCCUCCCUGCCCCUCUCCUCCACCAUGCAUCUGGGGCCCGUGGUUUCCAAGGCCCUGAGUACCUCUUGCCUUGUUUGCUGCCUCUGCCAAAACCCGGCCAACUUCAAGGACCUUGGGGACCUCUGUGGGCCCUACUAUCCCGAACACUGCCUCCCCAAAAAGAAGCCAAAACUCAAGGAGAAGGUGCGGCCGGAGGGCACCUGCGAGGAGGCCUCGCUGCCUCUCGAGAGGACACUCAAAGGCCUCGAGUGCCCAGCUGCCACUGCUGCUGCCACCACCACUGGGAAGCCCCCCAGGCCUGACGGCCCGGCCGACCCAGCCAAGCAGGGCUCCCUGCGCACCAGCGCCCGGGGCCUGUCCCGGCGGCUGCAGAGUUGCUACUGCUGUGACGGUCGGGUGGAUGGCGGCGAGGAGGCAGCCCUAGCCGACAAGAGCCGCAAGCAUGAGUGCACCAAGGAGCCGCCGGCAGAACCUGGCGGGGACACCCAGGAGCACUGGGUGCAUGAGGCCUGCGCCGUGUGGACGGGCGGGGUCUACCUGGUGGCCGGGAAGCUCUUUGGGCUGCAGGAGGCCAUGAAGGUGGCCGUGGACAUGACUUGUUCCAGCUGCCAAGAAGCCGGGGCCACCAUCGGGUGCUGCCACAAAGGAUGCACCCACACAUACCAUUACCCGUGUGCCAGCGACGCGGGUUGCAUCUUCAUCGAAGAGAACUUUUCUUUGAAAUGCCCCAAACAUAAGAGGCUGCCGUUGUAACCCACCCACCCCACGGCCGGAGAAGCCGCCGGAGCCCGCCCGCCACCGAGGAGCGGAGUCGCCUGCCCAGCCCCCGGGCCUUUGAGCUGCGCCCUGCGCGGGUCCAGAGCCGAUCCCUGAUCCGGACCCCGGAUCUCGGAUCUGGCCGCCUCGGGCUGCGGCGAGUGGUCCCGGCUUGGAAAGGAAACAUGUUUCGGAUCCGUCUGCUCCCGGAACCGGACAACACAGGGCUUUCUCGUCCCCAACCCCCGGCCCGGCUUGGAGAGGGGGAGCCGGGCCAGAGUGGGGGGUGGACGGCGUCUAGUCUGGGGACACGCUUCAUCCCUGGAAAUUCCGGGACGACGUGGUGCACAUUCCACGUGGGUCGGUCGUGGCACGCAGCCGGGCACCCUGGGGUGGGGUGGGGUCCGAAGAACCAGGGAAGAGACUGUUCCUCCUUGAACGAGGCUGGGGGCGGGGGCCGCCGAAGCCUCUCCGGAGAGGGCGAGGCCGGCGCAGGAGGGGCUGGAGGCUGUAUGCCCUAACCGAUCUGCCUUGGCCAGAACCUCCGUGCUGGUCGGGCAGGGCCGAGAGUCUGGGUCCCAUGCUCAGGGGAUGCAGGCUCCCCGGGCGUGGGCGGGACUGGCCCCUACUGGCUUGGUCGUCCCCCUUCCAGGCCGCCCCUUCCCCAGAGCGCAAGAGUCUCGACCAGAGUGCACCCCCGGCAGACGCGUUACCGUCCCUCUGCACGACCACCCGCCUCCAGGGACCGCAGCGUCACUCACACGGGAGUGGAGACAGCGCCAGAUCCACGUACACACCUGUGUGCCCCUCUAUAUAUAUGUCACAUAGAAUGUAUAUAUGUUGGGAACAUGCUCGCUUCUCCGUGUGUCAUGCGCCCCUCAGCAAGGGGCCCUGCGGAGAAGGGGGCUCCAGCGAUGCCCCCUUCCCCACGCAGCCACCACCGCCCGGGCCACUGCCCGCCGGUUUGUCCGCCUGUCCGUCCGUGUCCUCAGCUCUGUCCACGCUUCGAUAGGCCUGACGCAGCCCCAGCCCGGGGCCGCCCUAGCAACUUCCUGUACAUAUGACUGUAAAAUGGUGAACGUGUGUAUUAUAUCCAGCCUCGUUAUACAGUGUAUAUAUAUGUAUACAUAUACAUAUAUAUAAUAUAUAUGAAGACUGUAAAUGUUAAGACUAGUGUUCUUAUUAGUAUAUUGCUUCACACUGAAGAUUGUGUGUAUCGAGCUGUUUCUAAAAGAUGUUUAUUUUCCUUAAGAGUAAAAAAACAGUCAUUGCAUUCAGAAAAAAAAAGUCAAUAAAGAUACGACGAUUGUUUUGGAA